UACAGAAUGGAAAAAUACCAGUGUAGUGUGACUUCAUUGGAGAAAAUAAUAUAAUAGGUAUGUGAUGUGUAUUGAAUCACAAUGGGAUUUAUCUUCAUGAUCUUCAUGAAGGCCAACUGCGCAUAAGUAAAGUAUUUAAAAAAAAACUCUAUGGUAGAAAUGUGUCAGUUCAGUUUUAAGUGCACAAUCUGAACAGAAAUGCUGAACAAAUACUGAAUCUAAUAUUGUUAUUCUACAAAGAGUCAAGCAUGACCCUGUGCCCCAUCCAACACAUGUGUGGUAUAUCACUCUGCGUGAGCGUGAGGGUACUUCACUUGAGAAGGCACAUGUUUACACAGAUCUCACAUAUCCUGUCCCAGGUCUCCUGGAUUUCCGUAGUUCCUGAGUCAUUAGGUUCUGGAUCCUGUAGCCAUUGUAACAUGCUAUUUUUCAGCACACAUGGUCGCUUCUCCCUUCCUCUCCGAGGAUAAUAUCCCAACACCCACUAAACUCACUGAAGAGAGCAUGGCAGCAGAACUCAGGGAUUAAUCUUGCUACAAGCUGAAGUCAUGAGAUCAUCAUCCUCUCGUCUCAGUUUUUCCUCGAAGGAACCAAUAUGGAACCGGAUGCCAGAUCAAAUAUCAGUGUCGGAGUUUCUGUCGGAAACAACAGAGGAUUACAACUCUCCCACUACAUCCAGCUUCACCACCCGCUUGCAGAGCUGCAGGAAUACAGUCGGCGUGUUGGAGGAGGCUUUGGAUCAGGACAGAUGCUCAUUGCUGAAGGUUAAGAAGUCAGUCAAAGCCAUUUAUAACUCCGGCCAAGGUAUGUACACAACGACGCACACACACAAAUUGUGAUUUUGGCAAUGAUUUUAUACAAAUAAAAAAUCAUAUGAAUCAAAUGAAAUCAUAGUGACUUAUAUUUUACAGGCAUUGUAGAUAAAUCUGCUUGUAAGACUGUUAAAACAAAUGGCUGGAUCACAGUUAGCAUGAUCAACAUGUUCCUGGCGGACAACAUGCCAGCUAAUUUUAUCCACCCCCACAUACACCCACAUACUUCUCUCACACACACAUAAUGUACUGAUACUUGCCGCGUUCAGGUGUGUAUAUAUACACGUAUACAUAU